AAACAAGCUGGUUAUCUAACAUAGGGGCCUCUAACCAUGUCACAAAUGAGCUUGAGAAUCUCAAUAUUGCAGCUGAGUACAGUGGAAACAACAAGCUCUUAAUGGGAAAAAGAGAGGCAGCAACUAUUUCACACUUUGGUAACUCUUUCAUUCAGCAUCCCAAUCACUCAAAAGUUUAUGUUCUGAAAAAUUUAUUACUUGUGCCUAAGAUCAGUAGAAACCUACUGAGUGUAUCUCAGUUUGAAAAGGACAAUAAAGUAUUUUUUGAAUUUUAUCCAAGCUUUUGUUUUGUAAAGGACCAGGAAACUCAAGAGGUCCUGCUCAAGGGAGUUCUUAUGGAUGGAUUAUACCACUUCAACUUGCAGUGUUUGAAGAACGAGCAACCUCAGUUUUUGUCUUCUCA